UGCUAAAUAUUCCAUCCACCACACAAUCACAUUGGAGUUCAGAAACCAGAGAGAGAGGAUGGAAGCAGGGAACCUCAAUAUCAGCAGAGCACAAGCAACAUGCCAUGAAAACUUCAGCUGGUGUCUUCUCCUCCUUCUCUUGCUGACAGAAAGAACGCAAAAUAAGCUUCAUAAACUUGUGGUGCACUUUUGGUUCAUGGCAUAGCAGGAGAAAUGCAGGAGCUGGACUCUGCAAACCAUGGGGGGGAGAAGCAGUGGCCUAGCAUGACACCAGAGGAAGAAGACCUCAUAAGCAGGCUCCACCACCUGCUAGGAGAGAGGUGGGAGCUGAUUGCUAAAAGACUACCUGACAGAACAGCAGAAGAAGUGGAGAGAUACUGGGGAACGAAGGAGAGGAGAGAACUUGGGGAGGACAAGAUCCAUAAGCCUGUCUGUGCAAGAUUAAGUCCAUCCUUUAAGUUCACCAUGGAUGAACCAGUAGAAGGUGGGAAACCAUCACAAACUGGAUCUUGAAAUGCAAGGCUCCUUCACUCCUGGUAUUCGGACAAAUAAAUCCAUCGCAUGUCAAGAACCGCUUGUUCUUAGAAAACUUCGUAACGCCAACCAUGUCUUGUAUAAGUCAUCAGUUAACCCACCUUUAUUGCUAUUUGGUAUGCAACGUUUGCCAUUUAUGCUUCUUUAGAUG